CUGCUCCUCAUGCGCUGCCUCUACCGGACCGCCGGAGUUCUGCUCCGCAGGCGGUUCUGUUCGGGUCCACUGCUGCUUUUCGGACUGUUCUUUCUCUGCUACCAGACCCUGAAGGUGGGCCGGAACCGAAGCGGGUCCGAGGAGGUUCUGACGGAGACCGGGAGACUGAUCUCUGCCCUGGAAGCUCUGCAGAACCGAAUCUCGGCUCAGAGAUCCCCACGGGUCAGCCAAGCUGUGGUUCUCACGGGUCAGCACCGGCUCUCUGACACUGAGGUCCGACUGCACCAACUGGUCCUGCAGCAGAUGGACUACGAGAUCCACAUGUCCCGAUACGCAGAGACCAGCAGGUUUCUGAGGACCCCGCAGGGUGUCGGUGGAUGGAGCCUCCUGCUGUGUCUCAGUAGCUCAGAGCAGAGCUGUCUUAGGAGGAUCAACUUCUCUCACCUGCAGCAACAUCAGAUGGUGAACUUUGUGCCCGGACUGAUGAAGGCCUUUUCAGAUGCAGGUGGAGGUGUUUGUCACUUCUACACUCACUCUCACCUGACAGAGUCAGAUUUACCCAUGAUGCCUCAGUCCUGUGGAUUGAGCAGUCAAAACCCUGACUUUCCUCGGGACAGUCGCUUUCCUGUCCAAGCCCUGCCUCCUGCUUUGGUUGCCAUGGUGAAUGUUUAUGUCCUGGUGACCUCUAUGACCCCACUGACCUCCUUCCUGCAUGACAUCAUCACAGUGACCACCACUGAGGACUCUUUUGGGCGAAAACAUAAGAUCAGAGACUUCCUGCUACAGCAGCUUGGACCAAAGACUUCCCAUCAUGCUUUGGAGCAGAUUAAGAAUGUGAUUGGGGUGGUGCUGCAGGCAGCAUCAACCACUGAAAAACAGGAAGCAGCUGGCAGGUGUGUGUUGUGUUUCCAGCUGCUCACCUUCACUCUGCUCCUCAGCGGCUCCAGCACACCUGUCGUCAUCCAGAUCAGGACCAUAGCGGAGCAGGUGGACACAGAGUUGACCUUCAACGCUCUGAGAGACGACAAAUUCACCAGACAGAUCACCAAAGACCACAUCCUGGAGGACACACUGCACUUCCUGCUGAGACCAACAACACAUCUGUCCUCUGAGACACUCCUGUCCUCUGAGACACAUCUGUCCUCUGAGACACUCCUGCUCUUAGAAAAACUGAGGGAAAAGUACGGUGGCUGCAGAGGGACACAUGGCAGCUGUUUAUCGCAGGAAGACUUUCUUCUUCUUCUGCUGCGGUUCGAGCAGCAGCUGAGGAACCCGUCAGCGUUCCACACGCUGUGCCCCAUCACCUCCUCCUCAGGUCCUCUGGGCGUCUCCGACCUCCUCCUCAGGAUCAGUCGUUACUACAAGCUGCAGACGAUCAGCAGAGCUGAUGGGACCAACAAAGCCUCCAAUCAGCUGCCAGAGUCCUCAGGUGCCUGUGUGGAUCCCCGGCUCAGACAGAUCUACACCGACCCACUUCUCGUCCUGACUCCGCCCUUCACCCCCGACGUGAAGGAGUACCGUGCUGAAGUGACCUUUGACACGCUGACGGUUCGAAUCCGACCGGAGCCUGUCGGUGCUGGCUGCAGGGUCCACAUGGACGAGGACUGGGGGCCCAGGACGGGGAGCUUCCCGCUCGGACUGGGGACCAACCUCAUUAGGAUCCUGGUGACGGAUGCUGCUGGACUCACACCUGUUGUCAUGACGACCUACACCCUCCACGUGUCCCGUGACAGCCGGCCCUGUCUGCCCAUGUUUGGAGAACACGUGAUGUGCAGCUUCCUGCAGGACUGUGGUCUUCUGGUCCAGCCUGGUCUCCCCUGUGGUCUUCAGCCUCACAUCCUGUCUCAGGGUCCACUUCAGACCUGCGGCUCAGGACACGUCCCAGGUCGGUGGGUGGUCCCGUGUCUCAGCUGCUCAGAUAACAGGACAUGUGAUUGGAGGGCUGUUGCCUGGCAACCGGAUGGCUGUUCCCACCUGCUGGUGCCCCGCCCCCUGCUGCAGGACUGUCUGACAGACAGGAAGGUGUUGUUUAUUGGGGACUCCACCACUCGUGGGAUGAUGUUCUACCUGAUGGAGCGGGUCAACUUCAGCCUGGAGGACUGGGGGAAAGCCCAUGACACGCUGGUCUACCCGAACCUGAACGGAGGUCGGACCCAGAUCAGCUACUCCUACUAUCCUCAGUUCUGGUUGGACAAAACCCGGAGGCCCACAUUCAGGACCGCCCUCCUGCAGCUCAUCCACAGGUCUCGACCUCUGCCAAACUCCAUGAAGACAGUUCUGGUGGUUGGAGGAGUCCAGUGGCUCAACACCAACCACCUGAGGACGGUGCAGGAGGUGCUAGACAGGGAGUCCCUGGAGAAUGUCUUGGUGGUGGUGAAGUCCUUGGGCAUGGGCUUCCACCUCCCAGUGGACGGACUCAGAUCUGUCAAUCUGGUAGGUUUGUGUCUCCUCCGGACAAUCCUCUCUUUCUUCUUCUUCUUUUGA